GUGCUGUGCGUGAUGUGCGCCGCCGUGCUGACGACCGCGGCUCACGUGACCAGCCAGGGCUCCGAGGACCGCCUGUGGGAGGAGAUGGGCAGCCUGCGAGUCCUCAUGAGCGCCGUCGCAGAGUCGCUGGAGAAGUUCAACACGCUGUACCUGGGGAAGCUGGAGCACCGGAUGGUGACGACGGCGACCACGCUGUCCAGCAUCGACAGCAACGUGAAGAACCUGCAGGAGCGCGCCCACGUCUGGGACACGUUCCAGCUCCACGUGGCCGCCUGGAACGAGCAGAUCAACAUCCUCCACAAAAAGGUCGACAUCCUGUCCAGGGGCCAGGAGCGGCUGGAGACGCUGGACGUGCGGCUGUCGCAGCUGCAGGGCCUGGAGGCGGCGGUGGAGCGCGUGUCGGGCCGCGUCGACUCGGCCGACCGCCGGCUGAUGGCGCUGACGCGGGCCGUGGAGCGCCGCAGCCACCACGGCGCCGCCGGACCGCUGCUCGGCGAGUUCGCCUCCAGGGGGGUCCUCAGCACGCUGCGGCUCAUCGAGAGGAAGGUGGACCGGCUGCAGAACGGCGUGCUGACGGGCGGCGGAGGGGGCGACGAGGUGCUGGAGGCGGGCGCCGGCGCCGAGGAGCGCGGCCGCUACGUCAUCCGCUGCCAGACGCCCGCCGUGCUCGAGGAGCUGCUCAGGGACGUCGCCUCCAAGGUCGACGUCAUCUUCGACAAGGUGACUGCAGGCUCCGACUUGCCAGACCUGGGCGGCGACGACGACGACCAGGAGCCCAACAACGAGCUGCGCCACCUGCAGGAGCACAAGGUCGUCGACAGGCUGUGGCGGCGGCUGACGGCGCCGCUGAAGCGGACGGCUCGCGCGCUGGAGGCGGUGGAGGCGACGGUGGGCAACGCGACGGCGGGCCAGGCGGGCGCGCUCGUGUCGCUGGAGCAGUGCUGCGCAGAGACGCGGCGCGUCGCCUCGCAGGCCGACCAGCUGGUGCGCCAGGUGGAGGCCGCCGUCGCCGGCGUCGCCGCGCGCGACCACAAGCUCGACUCCAGGCUGCAGGUGCUAGAGACGAGACUACUGGAGACGUGCGCCGCGCGAGAAGGCCACAACGGUAGCUGGCAGGGAGACAGUGGCGGCGGCGGCGGCGGCAGCGGUAACAGUGGCAGCAACAGCGGUAACAGUGGCAGGAACAGCAAUUCCAGCUCCAGCUCCAACUCCGGCUCCAGGAGAGACGGCGUCUGGGUAGUAGGAGGUGCGGGCCGCGACAGAGCGCCGCCCGACGACUCGGACGACCUGGAGGCGCCUGGCUCCGACCAGCCCGACGAGGAGGGCAGCGGGUCGGACCUGGAGCCGGAACCGCCGUUCCUGCCGACGGCGGGGGCGGAGGCGGAGCCGGAGCCGGAGGGGGCGGACGGCGGCCGUACCGACGAGGAGGCGGGCGCGGCGGUGCCGGGGGCGGCGCCGGUGUCGGGCUGCGAGGACCUGGCCGCGGGGGCGGCGGCGGUCGGGGGGGUGCGCCGCCUGGGCGCCGCAGACCUCAACGAGGCCGGCAGGGACUUCCGCCUCCGCUACUGCCACUGGGACCACGAGGGCCGCGCCUGGACGGUGAUCCAGCGCCGUGGGGACUACGGAGACAGCCCUCUCAACUUCACCCGCACGUGGGACGAGUAUCGUCACGGAUUUGGCGACCUGGACAAGGAGUUCUGGUUCGGCAACGACUUCCUGCACAGAUUGACCCACGAGAAGGAGAUGAUGCUACGAAUUGAGCUGGAAGCCUUUGACGGCCGUACUGCAUGGGCCGAGUACAACACAUUCAGGGUGGCGGCUGAGAGCCAGUGGUACCGGCUGUCGGUGACGGGGUACCGCGGCAACGCCUCGGACUCGUUCUCCGCGCACAACGGCGUCUACUUCAGCACCGUGGACAACAAGCAGGACCAGGCGCCAGAGUGCUGCCCCUGUGCGCGCUCCUACGGCGGCGGCUGGUGGUUCUACAGUUGUUUCGAAGCCAACCUCAAUGGUGUCUGGUUUGCUCCGGGACAACCACGGCCAUCUUACAGAGGCAUUAUCUGGCAGUACUGGCUUGGAGAUCGCUCCCUAAGAAGAGUCACCAUGAUGAUACGUCCACGUGAUCCACCUCCCACAAUUGGAGAUUCUGAAUUUGAAGAGCGGUCGUCUGAUGAUGUGCCUCCAAUUGAUAUACCAGAGGACCCAUAGUACUUCGGCUGUGACUAAUAGUGAAAGUGUUGUAAGUUCCAGAACUAGUAAACAGAACAUUUACUUUUGCCCUAAUAGUUGCACAUAAUACAAUGUACAGAGACAUAUGGAGAUAUGUGAGGACUCAAGAGUUUUCUAGUGACCACAUUUUUUAAUAAACACAAAAAGCAAAGAAAAUAAAUAAAAUACUUUUACUAUCAUAGGUGAGAAUUUUUCUUGUACAUAAAGACUGUCUAUCAGAAAUAUCACAUACAAAUUUGGUAUUAUAUGUAUUAUUAAAACUAAUUUAAAAUCACACUAAAGCAUUUAUUUAUAUUUACUGUUAUCAGAGACAUCUUGAAUACAUACCAUAGUUUAUAGUCUGCUACAGGCUUUAAUAUUUCAUGUAUUUUGUAUUAAAUAUUUUGUUCAAUGGUACAAAGUUAAUAAAAGGAACAAUUUCAUUUCAAGGUAACACUAAAAUCACAUCCAAUUCCACUUACAUCACUAGUAUGUUAGAACAGUCACAAUGGGGAGAUUAUCAGAAAUAAAAUGUAAUUGUUGAACACAUAAAAUUAUAUGGCAUCUGUGAGUUUAAUUCGUAUAUAUAAAGCAAGCUAUUGGUCUUUCUCCCAAGCAAAUGAAGUGCAUGGCAGAGGGUGAUUCCAUGAAAAACAAACACUACACUGAUUCACAUAGCAUCGAUUUUGCAUGACCUUUAUCAUGGUAGUUUGUCAGUAUUAUCUACCACACAUUACUGAAUUUCCAUCACUUUGACAUAAUGUAUAGAUAAAAUCCUUAAUCAAUUCAUUAAUCAAAUGAUUUUUCAUGUACUUUUUCAUUGAGUGCAAAAUCAAAAUGAAGAAAUAAGAAUGCUGAAUAGUUUUUCACAUGCAGCAGUUACAUGAUUAUUGUAUAAUAGUUACAAUUAUAUAGCUCCAAGAGGCUCUGUAAUAUAUUUUAAUAUACAGCUUUGUAAAUUAACAAUAUAGAGUGCUCCAAACAUGCAAACUACAUCAUCUUAUUACUUUUGUAAUUAAUUUAUUUUUGUACUAGUGUUAUAAUGUGUAGAGAUUGUUUUUAUCACAAUAAUAGCAAUAAUGUCAGUUUGCUAGCUAAAGAUUCAUUAUUUUAAAUUGACAGAGAUGGUUUGGAAGUUUUCACCUAUUGAGAUUAUGUGAAAUACUUGUAGUGGCAAUAUGUCAGUUUUAAAUGUGUGACUAAUAACAUGUGGAAACCAGUACUCAAUGUUUAUUACUGGUUUACAGUUAUAUAUUUUAUAUGUAGUACAAAUAAACUUAAUAAUAAAUGAAA